GAAUAUGUUUGCUCCCAUCCAAUAAGAGUCACACAUUUAUCUUUAGGAGCGAGAACAAAAAUAGAAAAUACCAUAAGAUCCAUUUUUUUCCUAUUCCAAACUUAUUUUCCUGUGCUUUUUUAUUAUUGUGUUUGAACUAGAUUUGGCAUCAACAAAAUUGAGAAAUAGUAGUCUUCAACUAUGUAGUAAAAUUUAAUAUUCAUUGUGUUGUGCAAUAAAGUGAAGCAGCAAUAGAAACACAUACAACAGAGCCCCUUUUUUUAAAUCUUUCACGACAUGCGUGACGCCUAAGCAGAUAUGCCCUCGACCUAGUGGCAUCACACCAAUUAUCGUAUUUUGCUACAUUCUUCAUCUGCGAGAGCCGAAAUAUCCGUUACCGAGACUCAUUACAACAAAGCUUUCAUAGUUUUUUUUUUUUUUAAAAAAAAAAAAAUCAUAAAAAAGACAUACAAUUAGACUAGGGACCAAGACUUAAAACCUAGAGCUUAGCAAUUAAAAUAACGAAUGCAGCCAAUGGACGAAGCAGCCGACACCAUACACAUAGACACACACUUACAUACACACGUACACACACACACACACACACACACAAAGCCAAUCACGAGUCACUAGAAACCAAACAUAGCCCCCCCCCCCACUCCACCCCACCCCCCACAACUCCUUUUUCCAUAGGAAAAAACUGAUUUCCGCUAUAGUUAUCAAGUUCAUAACCUGUUCGACGAAUUGCCCAACUGAACUUUGACAUUUUGUUCAUUCACUUUUUAGUUUAUAUUAUUCAGGUAUGGAUAUAGCUCAUUGCAACCUUGAUGGAAAUGCUGAUGCUGUAGAGUUUUGUCCACAUGAAUCUUUUCACAAUGUUCUAGCUGCAUGCACUUAUACUUUACAAGAAGGAGAUCAACCUAGUAGAACUGGUAGUAUAUCCUUGUUUGAUGUUGAUGCUGAUUCUAGUUGCCUUAGUUUGAUACAUAGAGUACAAACAGCUGGUAUUUUCGAUAUAAAAUGGAGCCCGUUGGGAGGAAAUGUGGGUCCAUUACUUGCUCAAGCUGAUGCUGAUGGUUAUGUUAGAGUUCACAAACUUGAAUCUUGUUUGGAUGAAUCACAAGUUCCUGGGAAUAAUUUAGUGGAGGUAAGCAACGAACAUGUCAGUUCCUCUAUGUGCUUGUGUAUAGACUGGAAUCCAUCAGCUACAUCCCUCGCUGUGGGGCUCUCAGAUGGAUCAGUCUCAAUAAUUUCACUCCUUGAGUCUCAACUGAGCAUUUCCAGAGAAUGGAAAGCGCAUGAUUUUGAACUUUGGGCUGCCUCUUUUGAUAUCCACCAACCACAACUGGUGUAUACAGGUUCAGAUGACUGCAAAUUUAGUUGCUGGGAUAUGCGAGAUGAUCCCUCUAACUUAGCAUUCCAAAAUAGAAAAGUUCACACAAUGGGGAUUUGCUGCAUUACUAAGAGCCCAAGUGAUCCUUAUACCUUACUCACCGGUAGCUAUGAUGAACACCUAAGGGUAUGGGACGUAAGAUCAAUUGGAAAACCUGUAAACGAGACAUCAAUCUCCUUGGGUGGAGGGGUUUGGAGAAUUAAGUACCAUCCUUCUGUACCUGACCUAGUAUUGACUGCUUGUAUGCAUAACGGAUUUGCAGUUGUCAAGGUUAAAGAUGAUAAAGCUGAAGUACUUGAAACCUAUAAUAAACACGGUUCCUUGGCAUAUGGAGCAGAUUGGCAAAGAGGUUGUUUAGGGGGGAAUGGUAUGAAGAAGAAGAAUGUCAUUGCUACUUGUUCAUUUUAUGACCAGCUCCUUUGCGUAUGGAUGCCAGAAGGUGAUAUUCCAGAAUGACUCCCAACUCUUAUUCAAAGCCCAUCUACACACUCCAGUUGCUUCCUUUUGAGCUAGUCAAGCAGGUGUUGAACACGGACUGAGACUCUCCCGCCUGUGUCCUAGAAUCUGCUUUACAGGAACACAACCAAAACCGAAUUCAAAUAUUUUUAUUUCUUGUUAACCAGCAUUUUAAUUAAUUGUUUUUUCAGGUGUUACUGUUGUACUUUUGGCCAUGUAAUUUAACUUAUAGUUUGGGAUGAGAAGAAUUACUAAAGUUACAAAA